GUUCACCGCCAGCUCAUCACGGUCUUGACCGCCUUAUAUUUAGAUAGAAUACUGCGAAUCUGUCUAGUUUCACCGGAAAUUCGGAGGAUAAGCAGAGCUGAGGAGGCUGUGCACUUUGCGUAGUUGACUAAGAAGCGGCAUUGAUCUCACCACAUGUUUUCCCACUGAGAGCGGUGUAGGCCACGCCCAGUGCGUGCACACGGCAGUCUAGCGUCCAUCCUCCGCGAUGACUCGGAAAGCCAGGUUCAAUCAUGCUCCGAGCGAGUCAAUAGUAGCUCUGCCUACCGUCUGUUGACUGCAGCUGUUCGCCGCUCAAUCCGCACCUGUUCUGCCCACGAGCUGCUUCUAUCUUCCCAGGCGUUCCCAUGGGCCCCCAUCUUCAGCGCCUCAUAGAUAUCUGCGUGUGAACGAUUUCGUGUCCCGAUCGGCCGACAGACCUGUCAUCUGUCAUCUCGGCUACGCGGUCCACCACCACAGCCUCCGAUCCAUUCGAUCAUCGCCGACUGCGCAUCAUUCUCUUCGACGGCCGGGCGGCAUCCCAUCGUGCGACGACUCGGACGACGGGGACCCCUUCUCUCUGUUCUGUACUGGUCUCCAAGACAAUCGGGCACACGCAAGCAGUGCACUAAUGCAAUCCAUCUUUCGACUCUGGUGCCAGCCCUUCGAGGCAAAUGGCGAUCGCGGCCUCUCGGCGCGGACUACACGAAAUUGCAAUCUAACCUACCUUGUCCUCAGUCACUCAGUCAGCGGGUCCGUUCCCUAGCGCCCCUACAACCUAUCCCCCGCACUCGCAGUCUUGAGUUGAUGAUGCGACUCGCUUGCGAUCUUAGCUCGUCUCCUUUCUUUCUCUUUUGCUAUCACCCGCCGCAAGACUAGACUCUCCUUAUGAUACUCGCCCUGCCACUCGUUUUACUAGCCGCCUGUCUCGCCGUAAAGGCCCACGGUGCUCACGGCAAACACCUCGCCCUCCGCGGCCAUGCUGCCCUCGCUCUGUCUCGCCGAUCUCCAGCCUUGACUGCCUUGGAAAGACGCAAAUCCUGCAAAGCUUCUCCGCCCGCCGCCACACAAGGGCCUGUUGCACUCGCUCCGACGGACAGUCGAAACCAUUCGUCGUCCACAAUCACCGCCAAGAAACACAAGCCCACACCGAAGCCCGUGGUCUUCCAAGCCAACAUAGGGGAGAUAAUCCAGGUGGAUGUCUCGCGAUGCGGCUCGAAUGGUGCCACUGCGGAGAUCACCUCAAAUACUGGUCCGAACGGCAAACUCGACUGGCUGAAUUGCGGGCUCGAUACCGACUCUGGAUGGAACCCGCCGAUGAUCACAGUCGACGACAUCAUCUUCGUCAAAGACCUCCAGGCCGCGCUCGAGUCUCCCGGGUCGCCGUUUACCGCCUGCAAGCCCUACAUCGCGCACUUCAACACAUACGGGGCGCAGUUCGGCAUCCCGCCGAUCAUGCUCGCCUCUUUCGCCAUGCAGGAAAGCACGUGCAACCCGUCCACUGUCGGCGGCGGGGGCGAGCAGGGAUUGAUGCAGCUCAGUCCCGAGAAGUGCGUCAACCCACCUAACGGCAACUGCCGGGAUCCCGAAUGGAACAUCAUGACCGGCGCUUCUUUCUUUGCGGCUACGCUUCAUGGUAACAACGGGAACCUGCUGCUGUCCAUCGGCCAGUACAACGGAUGGUAUCAGUCCCUCACUGUCGCAAAGGCCACCGCCGCGAAGAACUCGGCCUGCUGUCUCUGCCAGAACAAUCUCGACUAUUUGUUCCAGUUUGCGAAUGGAUGGCUGCAGAAUGUCGACCCGUACACGCUCAACCUGGGUCAAUAUCACAACCUCAAUGACUGCCACUAAAGUUGUGUAGUCGAGGAAGACCUCUGUAGCCAUGUACAUUUAUCAACAUUUCGCGCUGUAAUCACCAGUCGAUCUUGGCCUUUUUCCAAUGCAAUGCCGUAUUCCAGGCUACAUUUGAUC